UCACAAAGUCAUUGGAAGAAGGGGGGUUCAAACACAUGCUCAUAACCGUAGGAUAUUCAUUCCAUGAAUGUGUUCUAUAUCUGCCCUCCCUCUCCCAAUUUCUCUGUGGGUUUGUUUGUUUUUUUGGGUUUUCGACCAUGGCGUCUGGGAUCAAGAAGAAGCAAGAGCUCGACGAUGACGAUGCCCCUGCAAUCACGGCGGUCGGAGUGAAGCCGGAGCCCGACGCCGCCAUUGCCACGGCGCCGCUGGCCAUGGCGAUGCCCCUGCCGGCCAAGACGCCCUCCACCAAGGACCGCCACCGCAAGGUAGAGGGCCGCGGCCGGAGAAUCCGGAUCCCGGCCACCUGCGCCGCCAGGGUCUUCCAGCUCACCCGGGAGCUCGGCCACAAGUCCGACGGCGAGACCAUCCGCUGGCUCCUGGAGCGCGCCGAGCCCUCGAUCAUCGCCGCCACCGGCUCCGGCACCGUCCCCGCCAUCGCAACCUCCGUCGACGGCGCCCUUAAAAUCCCCACCAGCCCCGCCGCCGCCACGACCGCAAAGCGCAAGCGGGUCGAACCCGUUCCCGACUCCGGCGGCCUCGCGCCCCUCGCCGGACCCGCUCCGACUCCGGCCAUUCAAACGGUCCUCCCGAUCUGGCCCAUGCCGACGAACCUAGCUCCGGCAUUCUGGAUUGUUCCACAGGCCGCCAUUGCCGGACCCUCCAAUCAACAACCCCAGAUAUGGACGGCCGCCCCGUUUGUGAACCUAUCGGCGAGACCCAUUUCCUCCUUCAUAGCCGCCGUUCAGCCAGCCACAAACACCUCGUCGGUCGAGUUCCAAACUCUGGGCCCCAUAGCGGGAAAAGCAGAGUCAACCAGUGCGCCGAGUUCAAGCUCGGAGAAACCCACGACGAAGACCCAGAUGCUUCGAGACUUCUCCUUGGAGAUUCGCGAGAAACGGGAGCUUUUUCCGUUCAUGCCCGCCAGUUCAAAUGCUUGAAAAGGAACGCUUUUCAGAGUCCGCCAUGGAAGUCAAAGGCCGGAGCUUCAGAGCUCGGGGGAAGACGACGGCACCUGGGUGGGGGGCACGUGCGAAGUGGGUCAAAUUAGGCGAUUGGACGUGGGCCCACUGAGGUGGUGAGUGGGCCGCUCUGUUGGGCUGUCCAGGUAAAGGUGGGCUCUGGGUGGUGGGGCCCGGUUGGCAAAUAGGGCUCCCAGAGGCCGACACGUGGCGCUUGGUGAGCUGUUUCUCAGACAUGGUGGGCCCUCAACCUUUGUGCCGACACGUGGACUCGGAACGCUUUUCCCGCGUGUUUGGCACGUGAUGCUAUGGGACAAUCAACGAAGCCUUAUUAUAUGUUUAAUUAAUUUUUCUCUUCUAUACUUAUAUGUAUGGCAUUUUUGUCUUUUCAUAUGCUUAGGCUUAAUAAUGGCCCCCACCCAACAAUAAUUGUCAUUUUCUUAUUUUGUCACUUGUGGCUCCUCUUCUUUGUAAUUAAUCUUUCUUUUUUUUUUUGUUAAUAAUAUUUUUAUAAUUUAAAUUCA